AUCUCGGGGGAGGCGAGGGAGGGAGAAGAGAAAGGAGGGAAAAGGUGGGAGCGGAGAGGGUUCUCCGUUGCUCCUAUUGGCCGGCGCUCCGCCGAAGAGAAACGCCUUUCUCAUUGGCUGAAGGGAAGAGGGCGCCUGUGUCCUGUUGGUUGCGGGGCUCGCGCAGCCUUAGACGAUUUCGCUCGCUUCUCCCUUACGGGUGGGCGGGGCUCCACUUUCCCCGGCGCUUGGCGGCGACGGCGGCCUGAGGUGAGGAGUGGAACUGUGUAGCGGCUUGGAUGGAUGAGGUUUUCCGCCGAGAAUCUGAAAAACAGCAACAUGAACUUCUGUGUGGGUGCUUCCUGACAGAAGAUUGGUGCUAAAAGAAAGAAUCUACAGUCUUCAGCUAGCAGGAUUUUGACAAUUCUCCAGUUGCCUUGGGAGCUGGGGAGGUUGCUGUCUCUGAGCAGAUAUUUGCCAUUUUCUGCCUGGAUGCAAAGCAGUACUUGAAUCACAUCUGCUACUUUCAUACUUGAGGAACCAUAUUCUUUGCUGUCUAAUCAGACAUUAAAUAAGACAAGCUAUUAUGUCUAAGAAGCAAAACCAAAAAGAUUUGUCAGGAUUUAUUUUUGAUGUGCAGUCAAACACCGUGAUGGCCCAAGGAGGUACCUUUGAAAAUAUGAAAGAGAAGAUUAGUGCUGUGAGAGCGAUAGUCCCGAACCGCAGCAACAAUGAGAUUAUCCUAGUGCUGCAACACUUUGAUAAUUGUGUAGAUCGAACCGUACAGGCUUUCAUGGAAGGUAGUGCUACUGCAGUGUUGAAAGAAUGGACGGUAACUGGCAAGAAAAAGAACAAAAAGAAGAAGACCAAAUCAAAACCCCCCGCAGAAUCAAGUGUCAACCUUCCCGACUCCAGCAAGCCAGCCAUCACUGAAGAAGAACAGUCUGCAGUUUCAUCAGAGAAGGGUGGGAUUAACGGUUACCAUGUCAAUGGUUCGGCCAAUGACACAGAGUCUGUGGAUUCACUCAGUGAAGGCUUGGAGACACUUUCCAUUGAUGCGAGAGAGUUAGAAGAGAGCGAGCCUGCUACACCUGACACUCCUGAUGGGGCAGCAUUGUUACAGUUUGAAAAUGGAAUAACCAACUUGAGUCCAAAAUCUGCAAGCACGCGGUCUUCCCAGAAUACCCAGUCCCUCAGAGUGCAACCUGAAUUGAGAAAUGCUGGCAAGCCACUCUCCAGAUCUGCUUCCAGCACCCAGUCUCCAGCUCCCUCAUCCCUAACAAUGCUGGAUGAGGUCCCUGUGCCCCCUGGAAACAAAAAACUAGGUUCCAAUAUUGAAAAAUCGGUAAAAGACCUCCAGCGAUGCACCGUGUCACUGUCUCGAUAUCGGGUUGUGGUUAAAGAAGAGAUGGAUGCUUCCAUUAAGAAAAUGAAGCAAGUCUUUGCAGAGCUGCAGAGUUGUCUCAUGGAUCGAGAAGUAGCCCUACUUGGUGAAAUGGACAAAGUAAAGGCAGAAGCAAGUGGCCAUUUGGAACACUUUGCGGAUCAGUGGGACCAGAUAACAUCGGACGCCUGGGUCAGGUCAACCGUCAGGUACGGCCUACCCCUAGAGUUUCUCUCCCUGCCCCCAAUGUUCUUUAGGAUCUUUCCCCCGUCUCAGGAUCCGGUUUGCCGCUGCCUCAUGUCACUAGCCAUUCAACAUCUGCUGGACAUUCUGGUGGUGGAGACGGUUCCAGGGGCGGAACACAGAAUGGGCUUACUCCAACCUGUUUGUUGUCCCGAAGAGCUUGGGGGGAUGGAGGGCGAUCCUGGACUUCAAAUGACUCAAUCGCUACCUGGUCUACAGGUGAUUCAAAAUGUCUUCCCUCAAGUCAAUCCUCCAAGGGGUCAGGCGGGGCAACUAUCUGGCAUCAGUGAACUUAACGGAGUCCUACCUCCACAUUCCAAUUCUGCGCUCCCAUCGCAGGUAUCUCAGAUUUUCCCACAACUGGUUUCACUACCAGUAUCGUGCCCUUCCAUUCAGCCUAGCCUUAGCCCAUCGCACUUUCACGAAGGUCCUGGCGGCAUUGGCAGCUCACCUCAGGUCCAUCCCGGUGAGACUCCAAUGCUACCUAGACGACAUGCUCAUUCAGGCCCAAUCACAGACGCAGAUGGUCCUUGACCUUCAGCUGACCAUCCAACUCUUCAAUCUCUAGGGUUUUCCGUCAACUUCCCCAAGAGCCAUUUAUCUCCCAUGACAUGAAUUCUUCACUUAGGGACAGUUAUAGACUCCCGGGCGGGCCUCGUCUGCCUAUCGUCAGACCGUCUCUCCAGCCUCCAGUCUCUGGUUCGGCAGGUACACACAAGUCGGUCCGUUUCCAUACUGACCUUGGCCUGUCUCCUAGGCAAGAUGGUGUCGUGCAUAAGGAUAGUGCCCUGCGCGCGGCUGCAUUCAAGGACUCUUCAAUGGACUCUCAUUCCAUACCAACGCAAACGAUUGAGCAACUCGUUGAAGUCCAUCCACCUCACACCAGAAGUUCAUUUGUCCCUGGGUGGUGGCUGUCCCUGGCCUUGCAUCGCAGGUCUGAGUUUUGGGAGCCGGACCGGGUGACAAUCACAACAGACACGAGUCUAUUCAGCUGGGGGACCCUGAUGGGAUCCAGACUGGCGCAGGGUCAAUGGUCGAUUUCAGACCAGCGCCACAAUAUAAACUGGUUGGAACUAAAGACAGCCCGUCUGGCCCUCCGGCAUUUCAGGGACUUGAUCGCUGGCCGCCACGUGCUCCUCUUGAUGGACAAUGUAGCAACAAAAGCACAUGUGAACCAUCAGGAGGGCACUCACUCACUGAGUCUGUGGCUGGAAGCCCUACGCCUCAGUUCCUGGGCAGAGAGACAUUUAGCGUUGGUGGUCUCGGAGCACAUUUCGGAUACGGCCAAUCACCAGGCCGACUGGCUGAGCCGUGCGAUAAUUGACCACAGCGAAUGGUAGCUCCAGCGUGAACUGUUCCACAAGAUCUGCCAACAAUUCGGCACACCUCUGGUGGACUAAUUUGUAACCCCGGCCAACGCACAGCUCCCGAGAUUUUUCUCACGCUCCCUGGCCUGGAAUGAGGAAAGGGUAGACGCCCUCAGGAGCAGAUGGCUGCCAGGCCUCCUUUAUGCCUUUCCCCCUCUUCCCCUCAUCCCAGGGACCCUGAGGAAGGUAGUGGUGGAGAGGGCGUCCAUCAUCCUGAUAGCUCCUUAUUGGCCCAGACGGCCUUGGUGUGUGGACCUUGUCCAACUGUCCAUCUCCCCUCCCUGGAGGAUUCCUCGGAAGGAGGUUGCCUUGUGUCAGGGGGUCCCCAGUGGCUCCACUUGACUGCCUGGCACUUGAGCGAUGCCUCCUGAAGAAUGCAAACCUAUCCCCUCAGAUCAUAGCAACCAUCAAGGCCUCCAGGCGACCGUCACCACAUAAAUAUACAAUUCCACAUGAUCCACUUUCAUUGUGGUGUAUUUCCCUGGAUAUUUGCCCAACUGAGGCUUCGGUGGCUCAGGCCCUCGAUUUCUUGCAGAAGGGCUUGGAUGGGGGGCUAUCCCAUAAUACCAUACAAUGCCAGGUGGUGGCCCUGUCCUCGGUCCUUCCUGGGGACUACCUCCCCCCCCUCCCAUCUCCCACUAAUCAAAAGAUUCCUGAAGGGAGCUGCAAAUCUUCAGCCCCCUCUCCCCCUGUACAUAGAUUUCCCAUGUGGGACCUUCCCUUAGUAUUAAGGGCUCUGCAGGGGUUCCAUUUGAACCAUUGUGGAUGGUCCACCUCAGGUUCCUAUCAUUGAAGGUGGCGUUCUUAGUUGCCGUAAUUUCGGAGUUAGGGGCCCUGUCAUCCAAAGACGAUCUUUAUCAGUUUCAUCAAGAUAGAGUGGUCCUACACCUGGACCCAACCUUCCUCCCAAAGAUCAAUUCCCCUUCCACCAGACGCAGGAGGUCAUCCUUCCCAACUUUUACCCUGUCCCCUCUCAUGAGUGGGAGCAUCUUUGGCACUGAUUAGAUGUACACCGUGUCCUGCUUAUUUAUCUUAGGCGCACAGCAACCUUUCGCAGGUCUGAGGCCCUUUUCAUCUCAUUUCAGCCUGCCUCCCUGGGGCUCAGUAUCAUUGGCUACAGUUGGUAGGUGGUUACACCAGGCUAUCCUCCACCUAUGAGUCCUCUGGCAAGACUCCUCCCUCUGGGAUCACGGCCCACUCUACACACAGCGCUACUACCACAGUGGCUUGGGCCACUAGGGCCCCGUUCGAGGACAUUUGUCGAGCGGCCACUUGGUCAUCCCCAACCACCUUUAUCAGACACUAUUAUUUAGAUUCUUUCGCAUCUGCGGAUGCAUCCUUUGGGCCCAGGGUCCUCCAGCAGGUGGCAACCGCCCCUCCCCCUGAGGCUUAAUUCCCUCCCUGGGACUGAGCUUGGGUAUGUCCCAUGCGUAACCCCUCCCUCAAUUCUACUGGUAAAAGAACGUUGGUCCUUACCUGAACAUUCGUUUUAAGUAGAAUUGAGGGAGGGGUUACAUCCCUCCCUAGUUAAACCUUAGGUAGCUAGACAGGUGGAGGGUUGAGGCGGUCUUUUGCAGGUUCUUCAUACGACAUCGAGGAAACUGGGAACCAAUGGGGAAAGGUGGAGCAUUAAAGAAAUUUCCCUCAGUCUCUGGACCAAUCAGGCUUAGAUGAUAUCCCACGCGUAACCCCUCUCUCAAUUCUACUUAAAACGAAUGUUCAGGUAAGGACCAACGUUCUUUCUCCUUACAAACACAGUGUUAAACAGAGUGCUGCUAUGUUGUGCAUUUAUACGCUGAUUUACUUAUCCUGAAUGAAAACUAUCACUGUCUCAUUCUCUGUGACCAUUCCAACUGGUACGAAACUUCUAGAGUCCAAAUAUGCUAAAAAGUGGAAGAAUAAAAAUGUGCCCAAUUGUCUGAUUUGAGACUUGAAUCAAUAUUUGUGAUCCUAUAAUCUUCAUAUCUAAAUAAACUUGUGGCUACCUGUGUUUUAAACGAAGCAAUUCCCAUUAUCUCUCUCAGUAGAAAAACUGGAGUUGUUUCUGUUUUAGUUCCCCGGGGCUUUAUUUCGCAUCUGCAUGGUUUUCUUCUCACAAGACAAAAUAACUGCUUUGAUAUAACAUGUUUCAUUGGGAAAAGAAUACAGGAGAAAAGAGUUAUAAACUUCACCCUGGCCCACCCAUUGCAAUCAAGCAAACAACCGGUUUGACUUUAAAAAAAAAUAAUUAAAGGGGGGAGAGAGAAAAAGAAAGCAAAAAGACUUUAUUCACAGAUUUUUUUGAGUUUGAGCUACAUAAGUAUCUAACAAUUUAAGGAACUUAAGAAUUCUCACCCUGUUGCCUAGGUAAUUGCCCCCUGACAUUUAACUCCAGUCAUCUUAGGCAUUUUCCAAGGCCUCAAGCAUUUUUCAGAUGUAUUGCAGAGCUGGAACUGACCUUCGAAGGAUAAACUAAAAUAUCAGGGAAAGGGGAGAAUAAGGGCAGGCAGGAAUUAGAAUUGCAGCAACUUAGACAUUGUUUUCUGCUUUAAUUGGUUAAUUAUUGUAUUUAUUAUAAACAUGAUUGUCUUUUUGGGGUUCUGUUUUACAUUAUAGUGGAAAUCCUAAGCAGCCGCCAAAAGAAGGCAGAGGCCCUGAAGAAACUAACUGACGUAGCAGUCCGAAUGUCAGAAGAGCAAUUGGUAGAAC